UAGUGAUGUCAGCGCGCAGGGCUUUGGAUUCUGGGAGCACAAACACACACAUCAGCCAUUUUCAGUUUGCUGUGGUCAUCCUCUCUCAGUCCAGCACAAAGGUCCGCCAAAUAUCGAGUUGAAAGGGACGAGAAAGGAUGGACGAAACGAAAGCGGGUCAUCGCACGCACGGGCGUUUGUUUUGCUGAACGCGUCAACGACAAAAGCGCAUCGGACGGACGCGCAUCUUUACAGCCGAUGCGUCGCCGGGGAUUCGUCUGAUUCACGCCUGAUACCGUUUUAUUGAGCGAGUCUGGGAUUUUGGACGCGUCUGAAUCCAUAACAUCACAUUGUUUUCACGCUUGAAUUCAACGGGAGCCCAAAACAAGCGGAUUAUAAAAGGCAGCUGUCAGUCAUUGUGAAAGCUGGACGAAUCAUAUGAGUGGUUCUGAGCAUCCGAAGACGGUCUGUGGUCUGUUCAGCGAGCGGCGCGUCCCGCGGGUGAUGUCCGCCAUGGUGUACCCACGAGAAGAGGCGCUGGAGCGGCUGUCGCAGGACGAGAUCGUGCUAAAUACUAAAGCGGUGAUGCAGGGUUUGGAGACGCUGCGAGGGGAACACGCCCAGCUCCUCAACUCCAUCCUGGACUGCGCUCAGCCGCCCGUCGCGCAGGAGAAAUCAAGCCUGCUCCGCAAGAGCCUGGAGGACAUCGAGCUGGGACUGGGAGAGGCGCAGGUGAUCAUCGCUCUGUCGGGUCACCUGAGCGCGGUGGAGUCCGAGAAGCAGAAGUUGCGCGCGCAGGUGCGUCGGCUCUGUCAGGAGAACCAGUGGCUGCGGGACGAGUUGGCCAGCACUCAACACAAGCUGCAGAAGAGCGAGCAAAGCGUCGCCCAGCUGGAGGAGGAGAAGAAACACCUUGAGUUCAUGAACCAGAUCCGGAAGCUGGACGAUGACACGUCGCCCUCCGAGGAGAAGGCCGGUGAGAAGGAGAAAGACAAUCUGGACGAUCUGUUUCCAAACGACGACGACCAGGGACCAGCUCAGCCCAGCGGUGAAGUGGCGGCGCAGCAGGGAGGCUACGAGAUCCCGGCCCGUCUGCGAACCCUCCAUAACCUGGUGAUUCAGUACGCGUCUCAGGGCCGGUACGAGGUGGCCGUGCCGCUUUGCAAACAGGCUCUGGAGGACCUGGAGAAAACGUCUGGACACGACCAUCCAGAUGUGGCCACCAUGCUCAACAUCCUCGCCCUGGUCUACAGGGAUCAGAAUAAGUAUAAAGAGGCAGCUCACCUGCUGAACGACGCUCUGGCCAUCAGAGAGAAGACUCUGGGUAAAGAUCACCCUGCCGUGGCCGCGACCCUCAACAACCUCGCCGUGCUGUACGGCAAACGCGGGAAACACAAGGAGGCAGAGCCGCUCUGCAAGAGAGCGCUGGAGAUCCGGGAGAAGGUUCUGGGUAAAUUCCAUCCCGAUGUGGCGAAGCAGUUGAAUAAUCUGGCCCUGUUGUGUCAGAAUCAGGGCAAGUAUGAGGAAGUGGAGUAUUAUUACCGCAGGGCGCUCGAGAUCUACGAGAACAAACUGGGUGCCGACGACCCCAAUGUGGCCAAGACCAAAAACAACCUGGCGACGUGUUACCUGAAACAGGGCAAAUUCAAAGACGCAGAGACGCUUUACAAGGAGAUUCUGACCCGCGCACAUGAGAAAGAGUUCGGAUCCGUCAACAAUGAUAACAAACCAAUCUGGAUGCAUGCAGAGGAAAGAGAAGAAAGCAAGGGUAAGAGGAAGGACUCUGGUCCGUACAGCGAGUACGGCAGCUGGUACAAAGCCUGCAAAGUGGACAGCCCCACUGUUAACACCACGCUGAAGAGUCUGGGCGCACUGUACCGCCGGCAAGGCAAACUGGAGGCCGCUGAGACGCUGGAGGAGUGUGCGACGAAAAACCGCAAACAGGGCAUCGAUGCCAUUAAUCAGAGUAAAGUGGUGGAGUUGCUGAAGGAUGGCGGUUGUGCUGGAGGAGACAGACGUCAGACUCGGGAUGGAGUAAAUGGCCCCGGAGGCCCUCGAGGAGACUGUGACGGAGACGAAGCCGAGUGGAGCGGGGAUGGUAACGGCGCCCUGCGCAGAAGUGGCUCAUUCGGGAAGAUUCGUGAAGCGCUGCGUCGCAGCAGUGAGAUGCUGGUGAAGAAGCUGCAGGGCAGCUGCCCACAGGAGCCUCGCAACCCCGGGAUGAAGAGAGCAAGCUCCUUAAAUUUCCUUAAUAAGAGCGCAGAAGAAACCUCACAGGAAUCUAACAGCGGCCUGUCAGAAUCCAGAGGACUGAGCGCUAGUAAUGUGGACCUGACCAGACGCAGCUCUCUGAUCAGUUAGAAACGAUGUCUGGACGUGAAAAAGGAGCCGAACGGAGAAGCUGUUUGCUACCUACUUGAAUCGAAAAUAUCAUGAAAUGAUCCUAACGUUUUCCUAAGAAAAAGAUCUUAAAAGCAAAAACAUGUCUUUUAGUUUCACAUCGCUUGCAAAACCUGGGCUUCGUCUCUCUGUCAUUAGCGAGAUCAAACGCAAUGUAGCACGCUAUCACCUACUACUAGACCACAGACUCUAGCGACAUCCAGUGGUGAAAUGACAUCAUAGCAUGGCGUCAAAAUCGCGUAGUUUAGCAUACGACUUUAUCAAGUUAUCACAGCAUACAUUUGCUUUCAUUUAGAAAACAAAGUUCAUAUAUAAUAGAUGCACAGACGCUGUGAAUGCUAACGACUUCCACAAACGACCUCACCAAGUUGAAACGGUGCGAAAAACUACUGCAAAUGCACUUACGAAAAAAAUAUGAGCGUAAAGGAUGAGUUGAAAUUCGAGAGCACUGACUGGUACGACCUCACUUUUGCCUUCUGAGUGUGAUGUAUAUAAUGAUUUAAAUUAUUUAAGGUCUUUUGUUUCGGAAAAUUAGCGCACAGGGAUUUCGUUUACACUGUAGCUGAUGUCUGUCCUGGAGCGACUGGAAAUCGUAUUGAACGGUACAACGAAGGAUUCUGCUUUACGAUCUAAAGCUCUUAUUUAUUAGCGAAUCUAGAUUCAUAAUUCAAACACUCAGUCAAUCUGUCUGAUUGCAAGUCAAACUCCAGCUCUGUCCGUCUAAAAUCUGAUGAGUCGGUGGCAAAGGCCAAACGUGUAUAACUGGAAAUUUACAUCAAUUUAAAAUGUGACAUGUUUUUCAUUUUAUAUGAUUUUCUAGUGGCUAGGAUAUCAAGAAGAUGUGGCUGAAAUGGACAAAUCCUUUUGUUUUUGUUUUAUCUUUUUCAUGUUUAUGAAUUGCAUAUCCUAACAUGAACAACCAAUGUCUUAGUGUACUUAUAUGUAAACAUUUGCACCUUUAUGUGACUCUCUUACCCCUUUUACAUUGAUUAAGGAUGUGUGUGUUUGAUUUGGGGUUUAUUUGAAUGAUUUUUCUUGUGUUCAUCAGAGGCGAGUGAUCUCUGAAUGCACUGAUGAUGCUAGCUUUGGGAACCAGCCAUACAAAUGGGCGAAUCUCAUAAAUAAACAAGUCAUAUUUCAUCUCAAGUCAUAUGCAGUUACAUUUCCAAUAAAGAAAAUAGGACCAUUGUCGAUUUCUUAGCAUUGUAACAUUACUUUAAUAAGUUAAGCACAUUUUUUAUCCAAUUUCUUAUUAUAAAAAUUCAUUCAUCAUUACUCAAUUCAUCAUUCAAAUAUAAUUAGUUUGACAUUGUGCAGUAAUUGUGAA